CAUCCGGCAAAACCGAACUCAAAACAAAACGUGUUUGUGUGUUUCGUGUGUUUCCGCGCGUUGCUUUCUCUUGGAUAAUUUCACAAAGUUUUCGUGAAUUGUGCCGUAAAAAUCGUGUUAAUUCAACAGAAUAUUUUCUGUAAUUGUUUGCCAGACGCACACUGUUUGCACAAGGCUCCACCCUGGGGAAAAUGGCGAAACGCGGUGCCCAAUCGGAUCUGAACCACGACAACUGGAACGAAGAGGAAGAACCGGAGGAGGCUGGUAAGUUUGCUAUCGCCUCCGAGGAUGAACUGAAGAAGAGGGUCAUCAAAACGGCUCGGCGUCGCGUUACCGGGGCGGAUUCCGGCUCGUCUUCCGGUGGCACCGGUUCGGUGUUCAGCGGAUUCAAGGGAUUCUCGGCGGUUACCUCCACGCCGGCUGCACCCUUGGCCGCUGGAAAGACGAGUAAGGAUGGAGCCAGUCCGUUUUCGUUCUUGAGCAACAUCAGCAAACCGACGAACGGAACGGCGGCGGGAAGUUCUGUUUCUAGUGCCACAACUUCGGCGCUUGGGGCAAGCAUCUUUGCCACGACGGAUCCUAAUAAGAAGCCGUUUUCCGGCUUUGGAAGUCCACCGAAGGCUCCGGCAGCUGCUCCGGCGGUUGUCAGUUCCGGGGACAAGAAGGAAGAUGUCGGUAAGACCGAUGAUUACGUGGAAAGCAUCAAAGCGUUAAAUCAAUCCGUAGCGACUUGGAUUUCGGACAAGGUGAAGGAGAAUCCGCUCUGCAAGUUGACUCCAAUUUUCAAGGACUACGAAAAGUACUUGACCGAAAUUGAAUCGAAGAAAGAUAAGGACGAGAGCAAGGAUUCCGCUUCACCGGCUCCAGCAGCCGCCAAGACAACCGGAUUCACUUUCGGAAGUGUGUCUCCAGCAGCGCCUCCGGCUUCAACUAAGACCUUUAGCUUUGGAAUAGGUGCUUCCACAGCUCCAUCAACCGGAACUGGGUUCACAUUCGCCAACGUUAAACCUCCCGCAUUGGAGCAAAAGUCGGACGACAAAGAGGAGGGCGAAGCCGACGAUGAUGAACCCCCGAAAGUCGAGUUCACUCCGGUCGAAGAGAAGGACAGUCUCUAUUCCAAGCGCUGUAAGCUGUUCGUAAAAGUGGACGGUAAAUUCAGCGAUCGUGGCGUCGGAACCGUACACAUCAAGAAGGUGGAUUCCAAGGUGCAGGUCCUGGUCAGAGCGGACACCAACCUGGGUAAUAUCCUACUGAACAUCAUUCUGAACGAAUCGGUUCCCCUGCAAAGGAUGGGCAAGAACAACGUGAUGAUGGUUUGCCUGCCAACGCCGGAAUCGAAACCGCCGCCAACGUCGGUGUUGCUGCGGGUUAAGACGGCCGAGGGAGCGGACGAGCUGUAUGAGACGCUCAAGAAGCACAAACCCACUUAGAGGGUGGAAGGUACCGAUUGAAGCAGAAAGCGUGUAUUCCUGAAUAGUAAAUAAAUUAUGACAUAUUGAUGGUUAAGGAAAAUUGACCUGGA